CCGGGACAGAAGAUCACGACCGAAGCCGGCUGGGAGCAGCUACUGGCAACACUGCCGGAACUCGACGUCGCGCGUCUAGCAAGGACUCUGAAGCCGACCGUGGUGAAGAAUGAGCCGGCCGCAGUUAAUGCGGCACACCGAUCUACUACGGCGACGCAGGUUGCCCCGACGGGGACCUCCCGUCCGGGGACCAAGACGACGGUGAAGAAGGAGCCAACGGAGCCAAAGAAGGAUCCGCCCAGGAAGAACGAACGCAGGAAGGACGAGCGCACGAAGGACAAUCGCAAGAAGGCGCCACGCAAGGGACGUCGCCGGGAUCGCGACUCGUCCCCGGAUUCAAGCUCCAGUUCCUCGAGCUCGGAUGAUGAUAGCUCCAGCUCGGACGACAGCCUGGACGACGAGGACGCUACACCGACCGUGGAGUCAACUACGGUUGGGGAUGGCAAGACCUCCUGGACGUUCCGCCCGUAUGUCAAUUCCAGCACGCUGGGUCAGUUCGACGAGAAAGCCCCGCUUGGAGAUCGACGUACCUGGUGGGAAAAGUUCACCAACAUCUCCGUCCAGGGUGGUUGGUCCGACCAGACCAAGAAUUGGCGCGGCCAACUGGAGAAGCACGUUCAGAGCAAUUGGAAACGCUUCGUCCAGGAGUUCCGUCGCAAGUACCUGAAGCUCCGGACGUCGGAGUCUGAACGGUAUUAUACUAUGCGACAGAAGACGUCUGAGACCCCGAUGGAGUUCUUCAACAGGCUGAACGAGGCUGCGGCCAAGGCGGGGAUCAAGUACCGGAAGUACAAGAAGGAGCGCAAGCAACAUGCCAAGCGUUUCCUGAAGAAUCUCCGGGACUCCCAGCUGAAGGCCAUCCUGGCUAACCAGAAGAUCCGCAGCCUGAACGACCUCGAAGACAUCCUGGAGCAACAAGAGGACCUGAACCUGGAUGGGGGCUAUGAUACGCCACCGCCCAGGCGGGACUUCCGAGCGGGCAACAUCCAGGAUUCCCGUUUCAAGCCGAGGCGCCGCGCGUUUGUGGCAACUUCGGGCGGGGAGUCCGGCUACGAAUCUGAAGGUCGUGUACGUUUCGAGGAUGAAGUCGAGGAAGCCAAGCUGUCCCACGCGGAGUCGAAGGAGCCCAGCCGGAGUGCCCCGGCUGAGGUGGCGCCAAGUGCACCAACCGUUGCUCAGAUCCCGGAGCCCGAACUCCGUCAGGCUAUCUUCAAGGCGAUCGAGCAGAGUGGGUGGCGCCCGCCUACGCAGGGCGACUCCCGUCCAGGGUGGCAGUCGCCCCGGCCGGGAUGGCAACCACCUCGGCCCGGAUGGCAGUCGCCCCGACGGGAAAACCCUGACCGGAACGAGGUUUGCGAGAAGUGCCUCAAGUUUGGCCACAAAGAGCAGAACUGCUGGGCGUAG